AUGGCAUCAACAGCAACACUACCAGAUGCUGAUGUCUUCCCUACCGUCACCAUCCCCAUCGCCGUAGUCUUAACCGGCGGUCUUCUCUUUGUCAUUGUCGCUGGAUUCUUCUCUCUCUUCUUCUGGAGAUGUCUUUUGAGCCGCUUGUCCUCAGCUUGGACCCUUCAAAGAACACCCUACGGUGACCUAAUACACGUCACCACUCCCCCUGAAAACACAGGCCUAGACCCAUUUAUCAUCAAGUCCUUUCCUGUGUUCCCUUACUCAUACGCAACAAUGAAAAACCACUGUACCGAAUGUGCUAUCUGCUUGUCAGAGUUUUCAGAUGAAGACACCGUUAGGUUAAUAACUGUAUGUCGUCAUGGAUUUCAUUCAAAUUGCAUUGAUCUUUGGUUUGAGUUACAUAAGACUUGUCCUGUUUGCCGGUGUGAGUUAGACCCGGAACUGGUCGGAUCAGGAAGCCAUGAGUCUAUGCACAACACGGUUACGAUCACUAUUCAAGACCUUAACCAUGAAGAAGUGAAUCCUCCUUCGGCUAGCUCAAGCAAAAGGUUUCCUGAAGCCUUCUCAAGGUCACAUUCUACAGGACAUUUCAUGGUUAAGACCAAAAGAGAACAUUACCAAUCCAGAAACGGUGUGAUCUUCAAGGAAAGCUAUCCCACCUCUAGUUCAAGCAAGAGGUUUAUGGAAGCAUCAACUUGGCGAUUCUCAAGGUCACAUUCUACUGGACAUUUCAUGGUUAAGACGAUGGAUAAGACCAAAAGAAAACAAUACCAAACAGGAAAUAAUGUCAUGUUUGAGGAAAACCAUCCUACCACUAGCUCAAGCAAAAGGCUUAUGGAAGCCUCUGCUUGGAGAUUCUCAAGGUCAUAUUCUACAGGGCAGUUCAUGGGUAAGACGAGGGAUGUGAAUGUGAAGAUCAAAGGAAGACAUUACCAAACAGGAAGCUGUGCCUCGUUUGAUGAACUUACUAGGUAUGAUGAAGGUCCAGGAUACGGAAUGGCUUGGUGA